GUCUGAAGACCUGACAAAGCCAAGUCCUGCUCCCCGGCCACUCUCAGAAAGUCGAGGCUAAUCAGACACUGAGCCUAUUCUUUCAGACCACAGCACCAUGCCCAUGACCCUGGGUUACUGGGACAUCCGCGGGCUGGCCCAUGCCAUCCGCAUGCUCCUGGAGUACACAGACUCAAGCUAUGAGGAGAAGAGAUACACCAUGGGGGACGCUCCUGACUAUGACCAAAGCCAAUGGCUGAAUGAGAAAUUCAAGCUGGGCCUGGACUUUCCCAAUCUGCCAUAUUUAAUUGAUGGAUCACACAUGAUCACCCAGAGCAACGCCAUCCUGCGCUACCUUGCCCGCAAGCACAACCUGUGUGGGGAGACAGAAGAGGAGAGAAUUCGUGUGGAUAUUUUGGAGAAUCAACUUAUGGACAACCGCAUGGUGCUAGCCAGGCUUUGCUAUAACACUGACUUUGAAAAGCUGAAGCCAGGGUACCUGGAGCAACUCCCAGAAAUGAUGAGGCUCUACUCUGAGUUCCUGGGCAAGCGGCCAUGGUUUGCAGGGGACAAGAUCACCUUUGUGGAUUUCAUUGCUUAUGAUGUUCUUGAGAGGAACCAAGUAUUUGAACCCAAGUGCUUGGAAGCAUUCCCAAACCUGAAGGACUUCAUAUCUCGCUUUGAGGGCCUGAAGAAGAUCUCAGACUACAUGAAGAGCAGUCGCUUCCUCCCAAGACCCCUGUUCACAAAGAUGGCCAUCUGGGGCAACAAGUAGGGCCUUGGCAGGGUUGUUUUGCAGGGAGCCCUGGGGAGCAUUCAGGACCUCUGUAGGCCCAGAGCCACCGUUUCCUUUUCCCUUCUUUUCCAUCCCGUCCAGACCCCAAGUCUCAUCAGCUCUCUUUUUUUGCUCAUUCAGUGCCUGCCCAACAUAGGUGCUUUAAAGCUCCAGCAACUCCUUUCCAUGAUCCAGGUACCCUUCUGCAUCGCAGUGCCCCUCACAGACUCCAAGGUACCUUUCUGCACCGCAGUGCCCCUCACAGGCUCCAAGGUACCCUUCUGCACCGCAGUGCCCCUCACAGGCUCCAAGGUACCCUUCUGCACCGCAGUGCCCCUCACAGGCUCCAAGGUACCCUUCUGCACCGCAGUGCCCCUCACAGGCUCAUGUCUGUGGAUACUUGGUUCCCCACGGAUGGCCACUUUGGGCAAUUGUGGGCUCUCUGGCAGGUGGGGGUCUAUCUGGAGAGAGUAGGUUGCUAGGAGCAUAGACUUUGACCUUUGUAGCCAAGUCCUCUUCUGCUUGCUCUCUGUGUCCCGCUGAACAUGUGUCACUACACGCUGUGACUCAGGCCUAUGACUCGCCUCCCCUGCCACUUUGAGCUGUAUCUCCUGAACCAUGAACCAGAAUAAAUCGUUCUCCCCCUA